GUGAAAAUGCUGAGGUUGCGGAAAGUGACCAUCUUGAGGAAAGUAAAAGUAACAUCUGUAUUCGAUUGAUAUUUCAGUUUUGGGUUGAAAUGGAGAAGGCUAAGCGGAACCCCAGUGUUUCCCAUUUUUCUUAUAAUUCGCUUCACUCUUGCCACAAUUCCGUCUCUCUGGAUUGAGCCUCGGACGCGGGAUUUGAAAAUUUCUCAUCAGAACACAAGGUCUAAACAACGGGCAUGCGAAAAAACUUCAUUUCUGAGUUUGUUUUUUGCAAUGGCAAAAGAGACAGUCUUUUUAACCACUUUUUUCACGUUUCGAUGGCUGCUGCUCACUCCCUUUUUAUGAGAUGUCCAUUGCUGAGACUAAGACCAUAGAGGCGAGCUGAAGAAACAUUUUGCCCUAAACCACAUUCAAUUAUCUCAUAUUUUUUGACCAUGAGAGUGCUGCAAAGGCCCAAUAAUGGUGUUUUGAGAUAGGGCCAGACUCUCUUCUUUUCGUGAUGUUGGUGGGGAAAGUCCUAGUUCCAGUGCACAAUCCUUCUGAGGCUGUUUUGGUGCUGUUAUUAUCCUACUACAUUUUCAACAUAAGCUACCAUCCAAAGCUCCACAGCAGCCUGGAAUUCUUUCAAAGGUUCUUCCUUCAGGUAAACCCACCACAAGGAACCAAGCGUGCAAAGAAGAAAAGAACAACGGAUCCCAUUGAUUCGAAAGUGAAAGCUUUAGCAUCAAAAUUAUCAAGUUUCAGUUGGAGUGUUUGAAUGUUGGUGUAAUGAGUAAUGUUUCAUUAAACACAUGAACAGUA